AGGCACACCUACUUGGACCGGGGACUUAUAAAGCAGCGCAUUGUUGAAAACUAUAAACUUCCUUAGCAGUCCCUUGUAACUUCUUCCAGACGCUCGGCUCUCACGGGGAAAUGUAUCUGUUGGACAUGCUCUCCCACCCUCUCUGGGUGUUUUCCACGGCGCUGCUGGCGCUGGUGGUGCGCCUGCAGCGCAGAGCGCUGUGGGAGCCGCGGAGCUGCGCCGUGCGCCUCGCCGGCAAGACCGCUAUAGUGACGGGAGCCAACACAGGCAUUGGGAAGUUCAUUGCCCUGGACUUUGCACGCCGUGGGGCCCGUGUUAUCCUGGCAUGCCGAAGCGAGUCCAGAGGGACAGCAGCGCUAACUGAAAUCAAAAAGAUUACAGGAAAUGCAGAUGUCCAUUUACGCCUGGUGGACGUCUCCUCUAUGGACUCAGUCAAGGAAUUUGCAAAGAGGAUUCUCGAGGAGGAGAAAGCUCUGCAUAUCCUUGUGAACAAUGCAGCAGUAUCAGGUCUGCCCAGGCAAAUGACCAAAGACGGGUUUGAUGCUUCCUUUGCUACAAACCAUCUGGGACCAUUUCUGCUCACCAACCUGCUGCUUGACCUGAUUAAACGCUCAGCUCCAGCACGUAUCGUCACCGUCAGCUCCGUCAACCAUAAGAAGGGGAAGGUGGACUUCUCUCACUUUCAUGGCGAGAACCUGGUUUACUUCAUGGAUGAAGUGUACAACCACACAAAGCUGCACAAUAUUAUCUGCACCAACGAGCUGGCGCGCAGACUGGAGGGAACAGGCGUCACCGCCAACUCCGUCCACCCUGGUGUUGUCAUGACCGAAGUGUUGAGACACUAUCCCUUCUGGAUCCGUUAUCCUUUCAACCUCAUCGGCUUUUUCUUUUUCAAAUCUUCAGAGGAAGGUGCCGCCAGCCCGAUCUACUGCGCCGUGGCAGAGGAACUGGAGGGGGUCACUGGGAAGUAUUUUGACAGCGACUGCUCCCUGAUUCUUCCCGCCCCUUUAGCUCGAGAUGCAGCCCUCGCAGUCAAGGAUUUUGAGGUGUGUGAGAGACUGACGUCAAAGCUCUAAAGCAACCUGGAUAGGGUUGAUAUGAGAGAACUGUUUGAAGGCCAUCCUGCUCUUCUUGACUGAGAUUAUUUGAGACAAUGUGAAGCAUUUUCAGGUGAACUUUUUAAAUAUAUUUAAAUCAAUGAUCUGGGAUAUGGACUGCUGUAUAUUCUAAAUGUAUAUCCUGACCAUUCAGAGCAUUGUGUUGUGUAUAUUUCCUGUUUAUAUGAAUAACAAGAUACCAGUACUGUAAAUACGAGCCAUUGUUUGAGAGUGUUUCUGGAACCAAGUCUGGAAAAUGACUUGUCAAAUGUCAAAUAUCAGGUGAGCGGUGCUCAUCCUUGUAUGGUCAGCUCUCAGGAGUCACAACAGAAGUCCCAAGAUACAAUCAUUUCCUCUUUAUUGACCAAUUUUAAAUACAACAAAACAUUCGAGAGUUCAGGUUUUUAGGCUGUUUUAUUUAAUUUGUACAGUGUUCAUCCGCUUGUGCCCUCCAUGCUGUUAUUUAGCUGCAGGGACAGAGAGAAGAUUGGAGUCACCAAAUAGUUUCCUAUCCAAAACAUCAUUUCAUGCAUGUGUUUACUUUUCUUCAUUGAACAUUUAAGAAGAUACAAGGCAAUAAACAUGUUUGUUUUGUUUUUUUUAAUCAAUGCCUAUGUCUUACACACGUGAAAUACCUUUCUGAUGCUCGUCCACUAUUUCAUGGAUGAUUUCUUUGAGCACUGGAGCCACUUGAUCCAGCUGUUUGGGUGAAAGGCGGACAGAUACCUCCAACGUUCUACCCUGCACGCAAACAAAGGGAAACAACAAAUGUGUUACGGUGGGCUGCAUGACAACUUAGAUGAUGCUGGGACUGAAGGCGUGUGCACUCACGGGGCUCCCAUCACGUCCCAUCUUAGCAAGCUGCUCCUCAGACUGAUCGUGUUCUGAUCGAGGCUCCAUGUCUUUCCUACCUUCUCGUUCCUGAAGCGGAGGAGCACAAACGUGUACAAAAAUAAUAAAUGACUGAAAUGCAGAAGAGAGUUCCUGCCGUGUCUUUUCUUUUUAAGUAUGAACAUUUAAGUAGCCUAUGAACUCACUGGUUUACCCUUCAUGAAUAAUGUUUCUGUUUGGUUGUUUCCUCAGAGACCAUUUUUAUUUUAAUGUUGACCUUCAGGCAAACUGUAAGACAUUUUAGCAAUGGUACAUCUUAACUAUUGUUUAGUCAUUAACAAAGUUUGGAAGACUGUG